UUCAUGACAUCAAAUUAAUGCGACCCGAGUUUCGACUUCAUCGUCUCAGUAUGACGAAUUUUGCAUACCUCUCAUUAAUUAUAGCAGCUGCCUCUCCUGCGUUUGGUAAUUUCUUUGACCUCUCCACCGGCGGAUAUGCUGGGUUGCAAUUGUGGUGCUCUUCGAUUAGCCCUUUGAACGCCAGCUUCUGGACGGAAGAAAAUGCCUCCUUUUACGCAACUUCCAAAACGGGACCAUUGACAGGCUUGGUCUUGAAGAGUAAGAGAGGAACGCAAUCGUGCUUAACAACUCUCAACUACAUUUCUGUACAGCGAAAUUACACAUUUCAAAUGAGUGUAUUCAUGCCAGCUGCACAAAAUACAGGACGGAAAAUUUUCGUGACGCUAGUUGAUGAACACGAUGAAAGAAUAGAGCUAGAUACCGUUGAAGAUACCUUUCAGACAGCAGGAUGGAAUUUAAUUAGUGCAGAGGUGCCACAAACAAUGAUGUUCCCCAAAAAUUAUAAGAUUGAGAUUUUAGUAACAACAGAUAUUGACUUUGUGGCAUUACGGUGGUUUGAAAUUUCUGACAAACUUACUACAAAUGAGGGCACUGUCUCCGGGAUAGAACCAUAUAUUUACAAGCUGGAUACACGUGAAGAAACAACUACAGAGGAGACAACCACAACAGAGGAGACAACCACAACAGAGGAGACAACCACAACAGAGGAGACAACCACAACCGAGAAUCCAACCACCACCGAAGAUCCUACAACAACCGAGGGUCCAACAACAACCGAGGAUCCAACAACAACCGAGGAGCCAACCACAACAGAGGAGCCAACCACAACAGAGGAGCCUACCACAACAGUGGAUACUACCACAACCGAGAAUCCAACCACCACCGAAGAUCCUACAACAACCGAGGGUCCAACAACAACCGAGGAGUCAACCACAACAGAGGAGCCAACCACAACAGUGGAACCUACCACAACCGAGAAUCCAACCACCACCGAAGAUCCUACAACAACCGAGGGUCCAACAACAACCGAGGAGCCAACCACAACAGAGGAGCCAACCACAACAGAGGAGCCUACCACAACAGUGGAUACUACCACAACCGAGAAUCCAACCACCACCGAAGAUCCUACAACAACCGAGGGUCCAACAACAACCGAGGAGUCAACCACAACAGAGGAGCCAACCACAACAGAGGAGCCUACCACAACAGUGGAGCCUACCACAACAGUGGAGCCUACCACAACCGAGAAUCCAACCACCACCGAAGAUCCUACAACAACCGAGGGUCCAACAACAACCGAGGAGUCAACCACAACCGAGGAGCCAACCACAACAGAGGAGCCUACCACAACAGUGGAGCCUACCACAACAGUGGAGCCUACCACAACCGAGAAUCCAACCACCACCGAAGAUCCUACAACAACCGAGGGUCCUACAACAACCGAGGAGCCAACCACAACCGAGGAGCCAACCACAACAGAGGAGCCAACCACAACAGAGGAGCCUACCACAACAGUGGAGCCUACCACAACCGAGAAUCCAACCACCACCGAAGAUCCUACAACAACCGAGGAUCCAACAACAACCGAGGAUCCAACAACAACCGAGGAGCCAACCACAACAGAGGAGCCAACCACAACAGAGGAGCCUACCACAACAGUGGAGCCUACCACAACCGAGAAUCCAACCACCACCGAAGAUCCUACAACAACCGAGGGUCCAACAACAACCGAGGAGCCAACCACAACAGAGGAGCCAACCACAACAGAGGAGCCAACCACAACAGAGGAGCCUACCACAACAGUGGAGCCUACCACAACCGAGAAUCCAACCACCACCGAAGAUCCUACAACAACCGAGGGUCCAACAACAACCGAGGAGUCAACCACAACAGAGGAGCCAACCACAACAGAGGAGCCUACCACAACAGUGGAGCCUACCACAACAGUGGAGCCUACCACAACCGAGAAUCCAACCACCACCGAAGAUCCUACAACAACCGAGGGUCCAACAACAACCGAGGAGCCAACCACAACAGAGGAGCCAACCACAACAGAGGAGCCAACCACAACAGAGGAGCCUACCACAACCGAGAAUCCAACCACCACCGAAGAUCCUACAACAACCGAGGGUCCAACAACAACCGAGGAGCCAACCACAACAGAGGAGCCAACCACAACAGAGGAGCUUACCACAACAGUGGAGCCUACCACAACCGAGAAUCCAACCACCACCGAAGAUCCUACAACAACCGAGGGUCCAACAACAACCGAGGAGCCAACCACAACAGAGGAGCCAACCACAACAGAGGAGCCAACCACAACAGAGGAGCCUACCACAACCGAGAAUCCAACCACCACCGAAGAUCCUACAACAACCGAGGGUCCAACAACAACCGAGGAGCCAACCACAACAGAGGAGCCAACCACAACAGAGGAGCUUACCACAACAGUGGAGCCUACCACAACCGAGAAUCCAACCACCACCGAAGAUCCUACAACAACCGAGGGUCCAACAACAACCGAGGAUCCAACAACUGAGGAUUCAACCACUACAGAGGCACCAACCUCUACGGAGGAACCGACCACUGUACCGACAGCAACCACUAACACCCCACCGCCCUCAUCAGGCAAUGGACAAAGUUUUCCAGAUACGUGGAGUGUGCUUUUUGGUAUAUCAUUUGGAAUGUUGUUGAUGUGUCUUGUUUUCUUCUCGAUGUUAUUAUGUAGGUGGGUUUACAUGAGGAAAAAGAAAAUCAAUCGUUCCAAUGAGGAGCCUUAUAUGGCACCACUGCCCAGGCUUGAAGUUAUUUCGGAAAGAAACAACUUUAGACCAGGAAGGAUCACAGGAUCCGGUUCGCCAUGGCUCAAUGCACCUAGUCAAAAUUUGAGAAGAUAAUAUUUAAAAUGUAUUUAGCAUAUUUAUUAAUUUUGGUCUCACGCUGUAUAGAAUAUAAUAUAUUCUACUUAACAUGUUCAAGUCGAAUAAGGAAAAAGACUCGUGUCCUGUUACCAAUUGAAUAAAGUGAUAAUUGUCUAUGUAUA